AUGCUAACGAUCGUGGUCUUGGGAGCAGUAGAAAUUGCGAAUGCCUUGGAGCGCGACAAGAUCCCGGAUGAACACUCCAAGGCCAACCCUCAUCCAGCUCGGCCUCAGGAGGACAGACGACAGAGCGAAAUCCGGGAGUACUCCAGAUCUCUGUAUGAUUUGUAUCUCCCAAGGAUCGAAGCGUUCCUGGACGAAACCCCGGAACGAGCCAGCUACAAGCGGUCCACCAGCGGUAAUCGGGUCGAUUCAGUCCUCCAUUCUGGCGUGGAGAUCUUCGACUUGUCCGCGGAGAGAGCCCAGGAAACGCCAUAUUUCGCGAACUGGGAGUGCUAUCAUAUGGUUAGAAGGCCUUUGAGAUCGAGCUCUACCAAUUUGGAGCGGGAAAGCGAUAGGGGUGAUGGUGAAUACGUCUUCAAUCCUUGGCGGACCGAGACUGGAUAA